AAGAUAAAGGAUCGACAUACGAUGACAUUUGUCAAAAUUCUGGUUUUUGCAGGGAGUUGAUUAAUAUUUCCAUAUGUAUUCAAGAUUUAUACUGCCAUUUACGAAAUGUAAACUUUUCAAAUUACAUUUAAAGGCUAUUUUGUGACUAAAAAAAAACAACGUUACAUCAUUUAACGUUACAACACAUAACGACAAACAAACGCACUCUGUGUGCGGAGACAAACGUAAAUGAACACGUAAACCUUAUCAAUCAAGGUAUUUUAUAUCGACUGACUCAUUAAGACAAAAUAGAAACACUUCAGUGAAAAUGAAUAUUGUGACAGUCCUGCUUGGAUUUACUAUAGUGUCAUCGGCGUCUGCCGAGGUGACGGAAAUUUUUAUACAAGCAGAGGACAUGUUAGGGAACGUGUCCAGAGUUAAUCCCAGACGACAUGCAUCUGGGCAAAAAUCUGUUCACUUAUUCACUGGAGAUAGUUUAGAGACUGAACUGUGCUUUAAAUCUGACACGAAAUUCACAAUGAAUGAAGUAAGGUAUUCAAACGAUGGUCCUUCGGAUCGGAUACGCAUCACUUUAGACAAGCUCGUAGUGGACGAAUUCGAGACAGUUAUGGUCACAGACGGUGGAAGGGGUUGGGACAUUCUUCAAACUUACCAGAGUGGUGCUUCCACGGUUGUAGAAGGCCGUCAUUUUUUGAGUGUGACAGUCUUUGAAUCUGAUAAGUACGGUGUGGAAAUCGAUUUCAUUAAAUUUAGUGUUAACUAUUCUCAGACGCUGGACUCUUUAAGAUGUAAAUCAGUUUGUUUUAAAGACAUUACAUUCCCGUACUACAAACCUGUAGUGUCUCCAUUGGGUAGUGCGAGGGCUGUUCAACGAAGUGUCCAAACAAAAUGUGCCGAAGAGGACAAUAUAAAUAUACCGGUUUUUCAUGACAACGGCAAAGGGUUAAAUUUUGUUAUAACAGCAAGUUUACCUAAAUAUCGUUCAUUUAAUAACAGUCGAGGUCCUGACUGGACUGACUGCCAAAUGUAUGAUGCCUUUUGGAAGUAUAAAGACAUUAAUCUUAAUCACGGACAUAUUAGUCAAACAGGAACAUCUAGACUGCACAUUACCCAAGUUACACCAGGAUUUUUUGGAACAAGACAUAUUGGGAUCAUUGAAGUCGAUUUUGAACUUGAAGGGCCUAGUACAGGAUUGACAGAUUCUGAAAUUGGAGCAAUUAUUCAUCUACAAAAUAUCAAAUAUGAUGGCAUUCUGGCAUUCCAGUUUCAAUACUAUAAUAGAUACAAUGUCUGGUCUAACAAACAAGAAAAAAUUAUCAAAAACGCGGAAAGAAAUGUCAUGUUUAGAACACCCGAUUUUGCCUUUAGAGAGGGGAAAGGAAACAAAAUAAGGAUAGAGGUCUACGCAGAUUCGAAUUCUUUUAAUAACAUACUAAUUGGAGACGUUCGUAUGUAUAAGAGGACGCUAAAACCGGAUAAGAGCACACUCCUUUACACGGAUGGUGUGACAAUUAUAGAAGGAGUUGAUAAAGAUAUGUGGUGGCGGAUCAAUGAAACUAUGAGUGUUACAAUCAAAGGUGGAAAGCAAACAUUCAAUGACGUUGACUAUAUCAGAAUUUACCGAAGAGUUCCAUGGACGGACGUUGACUUUUCUCAAAUUUUUGUUCUCUAUCAAGACGCUAACGUGCGUCUUCUUCCUACAACUCCACAUGGAUUUGACUAUAUACCGUUCGGAUCAUCCGUUAUAAUUGGCCAAACCAACCCACUGUCGGACAGACCUUUCGCACCAAUUUCUCACGUUGACAUCGACCCAAAUUUGUUACAAGUUACUAUUUUCUUUAUGGACAGUAAUGUUGUAACUCUGAAGAUACAGACAACGAUGUUAGAUACACAGUUACAUGUUACAGUUAAUCACUUUGUGAAAGAUGUAAAUAUAUACCCAUUUUUCACAUUGCGUUCGAUGUAUGUUGCAGACGACAAUAACGAUGUUGAUCACAUUAGCGCUGAUGACGGAAUACCGAUGAAAAUUAAUGAACAAUGGAACGAACUUCGAGGAAACUUCUUUGCAUUUUACAGACAAUGUAUAUCGAAACACAACACACAAAGUCCAGACAUCAGCAUCAGGAUGAUAUCGUGAUACCAAGAAUAGAAAUGUCAUUAUUGGAUUUGCUUAGAAGCAUCAUCUUGUGAAUCAAGUGUUAGUAAAAUUUAACCUUUAGCCUGCUCAAUUUCAAAAUAAACUUGUCCAUCAUUCAAUUUUGGCAAUACCAUUUAUUAUUCUAAGUGGUGUUCACUGAAAUUUUUCUGAUUAAAUAGUGAACAGUGCAGACCAUGAUCAGACUGAACGGACGUGCAGGUUGAUCUUGGUCUGCACUGGUCGCAAAUGCAGUUCUCAUUUGCCGCCAGCUUGCUAAAAUGUAAUGCUCUCUAACACUUGAACCAUUAGCAGUAGUAUUGAACACGUGAAAUGCACGAUUGACAACACCUAAUUGCUUCAUUUGGAAGAAAAUAUAAAACGUUAAAUAAGAAGAGAUGGUGUUAUUAUAAAUAAGAACUUGUGUCUGUAUAAACACAAUUUCUUUUAUAUGCGCGCCUAAACAGUUUAACGGGCAAAAUUGCAAUUGGUCGUUCUAUUAAACAUACCUGGUAAAGAAGAUAAUAUAUAGUACUUGAAAAUCAAAGAUGUUACUUUAAUAAAUCGAUGUUCAUGAAAAAAUUACAAAAAUAAAAUUUUACGAAA